AAAAAAACCAAAAAACCAAAAAAAAAACCUUUGCGAUGGCAAAAAUUUUGGAGCUAGACCCUCAUGAAAAGCUUUGCCUCCCAAAUACCUACUACUUAAUCACCCUGUUCAAAUUCAACCUUGAAAACAGGUCUUUUCUUCUUCCUAUAUACAUACCUAAGGCUGGAUUGGUACGUGUAGGAUCAUUUCGGCAGGUUUCAACCUAUUCCUUGGGACCUCAUGCUGUAAUAAUUCCUCUCGACGGCGUUCUUUUUUUUUUCCUUUUUAUUAAGAAAAAAAGAAAAAAAAAGGAAAAGAGCCUGUUGGGAAUACGUGAGGUCUAUUUCCCUUAUUCCCUCCUUCGAGAUACCCCCCUAUACCUAUACCUAUAUCUAAAUCCAAACUCGUGUCGCAAUGUUUGUGCGAUCACUUCCAGCUCGUCAGAGCCUUCCACUCCCUAGACUUAAUGCAGUGAGGCGACGACAACUAGUUGCCAGAUCUUCAAUCCUCGAUUCCCUCCAUUCUUUCCGUACAUCAAAUCACAGACUUUUAACCACCCGAGUCGAACAACUACCGAGGAGGAGAAAGAACUCGCAAGAUGUUUGCGGACCAAUCUUCCAGAGAUCUUUGGCAACAGCUAUAGGCGACCCGAUACAGAAGGACGAAAUUUCUUUCGACCAUUAUCAACCGCAUCACCCGCCAGCACCUCGUUUAUACGAACUACGACCCUUUGAUGCUUCUUCACCAUUACUCAUCAAUACCGUAGAGGAUUCUUUCCCACGCACUAGGCUCAGUCAUGGUCUGCCUGGUGGUGUCGACGAGUUGAUCUCAGUCUUUGAUGCUUGCAUACAGGUCGGCAAGCUAGAUAGAGCCGCUCUUGUCAUUACUCGUCUUACUGAUAACAGUCUCUUGGAAGGUUUUGCCUUGACCGCGCUUCAUGCCAAAUACCUUCGCGCGUCUAUUAAAAGAGCCUUUGAACAGUCAGACUCGGCAUGGGCGCAAUCUUUACACCAAUGGUACGAGCUACAAAUGAGAGGCAAAAAUAUCCCCCAGACGCCCGAAAUCGUCGCUUGCAUGUUAAAGAUUUCGCUCUUAUCGACCAAGGGACCACGGCUAGAACGACUUGUGACACGAUACAUGGAAUUGAUGCCUGGGGAUGCUAUUUAUCAUGUUUUGUCCCAAGAGGAUAUUUUAACCCAGCAAGAUAUCGGUAUCAUCGCUAGCAUUUACCAACCCGCCUCCGACCUCUUGGAAGACUGGGAGCCCUCGCUAGAGGACGAAGAAGCCGAGCUGGCAGACACGGAAGUCGACUCAAGUAAACCGGCCGAACCUUCCGAAGCAAAGGAGAAGACAAACGUCAUACCUGAAGUUCUAGCCGUGCCUCAGAAAGGAUUAGGUCUUAAGUCAUUACGCGAGGUCUUGUCUUUCUUUGGCACCAUUGAGGGCCGAGAUCUUUCCAAGCUCUCUUACGCAGAGCGCCGGGAAAUACAGGCUCGGUUAGAACAUGAUUGCGUCGAUUCUGCCUUGAAACGAUGGAGAGAAGAAAACGAGGCUCUCAAGAAACUGGGCUUGAACACAGCAGUAUCUACGAAGAGCUUAAAUGCCCAGCUAUAUGAAUGGCAGAACGCUCUAGAAGCCAGGUUAGAGGAGGAGUUCGCAUUAUUUGAAGUGUCGGAAACCGGCGAAAAAAAGACGGACGAAGAUCAGGAUCGCUGUUUAUACGCCCCAUUUCUAAGACAAUCAACACCAGCAAGGCUAGCGGCAGUCACCAUCAUAAGUGUCUUAAAUGCCAUGUCGUCCGUGGGCAUUGAUGGGGGUAUUCAGUUGUCCAGUUUGCUCAGUCAUGUUGCCAAGAUAGUUGAGGAUGAUAUUAAACACCUCAUACGGGAGCAACGCUUCGAGGAAGCUAAGCGUAAAGCCAAGGCUCACAGACUGAGUUUGAAACUGAAGCGUGAAAUGGACCCAUCAACAGCUGAGACACCAGCCGAGUCAGCCGAGUCACAGGCGCAGCAAUAUGGCGACGCAACAUCUAUGUACGAAGUCAAGUCAUGGCCUACGCUGAUUAGAACCAAGGUCAGUGUUGCUUUGCUAUCUGCUAUGAUAGAUACUGCAAAAGUAAACGUCGUUCGAGAGCAUCCCGAAACCAAGGAUAUUGUCAGUCAAAUACAACCUGCCCUAGCUCAUACCACGAUAUAUAAAAAGGGAAAAAAGAUCGGGAUAGUCAUGCCGAAUAAAUUCCUGGUUGAGAUGAUGAAACGAGAACCUCCUGCGGACUUUCUAGCCAGACACCUACCUAUGCUUGUCGAGCCGGAACCCUGGACGAAAUUUGACAAGGGGGGCUUCGUUGAGUACCCUGCCCAACUUUUGCGAAUCAAGAACGGCGAGAAGGAUCAGAGGGUGUAUGCCGAAGCAGCUGUGCGGAGGGGAGACAUGGAGCAAGUUAGCAAGGGCUUGGAUGUUCUCGGUAGGACAGGAUGGCGAAUCAACAAGCCUGUCUUCGACGUGAUACUUGAAGCAUGGAACAGUGGCGAGGCGAUAGCGAACAUCCCUCCUUUAAACCCCCAACUUACCACACCCCCGGAACCAGAAGCGUCGGAUAAUCCCAUAGUUCGUCGACAGUGGCUGAACGCCGUGAAAGCUGUAGAGAACGAAAAAUCGGGUCUGCACUCGGAACGUUGUUUCAUGAAUUUUCAACUCGAGAUUGCCAGGGCUUUCAAAGACCAGACUUUUUACUUCCCGCACAAUAUGGACUUCCGAGGGCGAGCUUAUCCGAUCCCGACCUACCUCAACCAUAUGGGCGCAGACCACAUGCGAGGAUUGCUUUACUUUGCCAAGGGGAAGGAGCUUGGUGAGAGUGGAUUGCGGUGGCUCAAGAUUCAUCUAGCAAAUGUGUUUGGCUACGACAAGGCAAGCUUGGAGGAACGAGAAUCGUUCGUGACGGAUCACCUUGACGAGAUAUACGAUUCUGCUAACAAUCCUCUAACGGGGAAGCGGUGGUGGCUCAAGGCUGAGGAUGCCUGGCAAUGCCUGGCAACCUGUUUCGAGCUAAAGGCGGCGCUCGAGUCUCCUGAUCCUACCAAAUACGUCUCCCACCUUCCGGUUCACCAAGAUGGUACGUGCAACGGGCUACAGCAUUAUGCGGCUCUGGGAGGUGAUAAGUGGGGUGCUCAACAAGUGAAUCUCGAACCCGGAGACCGCCCCGCAGAUGUGUACUCGGCCGUGGCUGAGCUGGUAAAGGAGGGUAUUGCGAAGGAUAUAGAGGCUACCGGCAAUAUCAUCGCCAAGGCAGUUGACGGCAAGAUAUCGAGGAAAGUGGUGAAGCAAACCGUCAUGACCAACGUGUACGGUGUUACAUUUAUCGGUGCCAAGGCUCAAGUACAGAAACAACUCAAUGCAGCUUAUCCCGACAUUCAAAAAGAGUCAGGCAUCCCGGUAGGCAUAGUCGCUUCUUACGUCGCUACCAAGGUGUUUGGGGCUCUGUCUACUAUGUUUCGCGGAGCCCACGAUAUUCAGUACUGGCUUGGAGAGUGUGCUGGUAGAAUCUGUCGUGCGCUCACCCCAGAGCAGAUGGAUCGAAUUGCCAAUGGAGAAGAUGGGACUAAGUCCAAGAAACAACCAAGGAUGCCAAGUAUAAAGACGACAAAGGCGAAGGCUAAGUCGAAGGCGAAGGCGGCUGAUGAUAUUGUCAAUCAAUUUAGGUCGACGGUUAUCUGGACCACUCCUCUUCGCAUGCCUAUCGUCCAACCAUACCGCAAAGUUGGGACCAGAAAUAUCGCUACGUCGUUGCAGGAUCUCAACCUACAGGUUCCAGACAGUUCUGACCCCGUAAAUCGACGGAAGCAGCUGCAGGCAUUUCCCCCCAACUUCAUCCAUUCCCUAGAUGCUAGUCACAUGUUGUUGUCCGCACUCCAAUGUGACGAGCUUGGCCUCUCGUUUGCGGCCGUGCACGAUUCUUUCUGGACGCAUGCUUCUGACGUUGAUGUUAUGAACACGGUGCUUCGGGAUUGUUUCAUUCGUAUACACAGCGAAGACGUCAUCAGGCGUCUGGCAUCCGAAUUUGAGGCCCGAUACAAAGGGUCACUUUAUUUAGCUAAGGUCGAGAAGGGCAGCCAGGCUGAAAAGGCUAUAACCGCACUUCGCAAGACGAGAAAAAUGGCUCUAAAAGAUGAACUUGUGGAGGAGCGAGAGAGGCUUCGGCUACUGGCGUCAUCGGACCCUGAGGAAGUCAAAAAGGGUCAGGCAAUGAAGACGCCCGGCAGCAUCUUUGCGGAGAUGUCGGUCGCUCAGCCCUUUUCGAGUACGGAAGAAAUGGAGGCAGUAGGGUUAGGCAACAUCCCUGACAAAAUUUCGAUGGACGAUGCAAUGCAUUCAAUCGACGAAAAUGACGAGGACGAUUUGACACCAGCACCAGCUACAGAUUUUGACUCACCUGUAGGCACGGACGUGCCUGAUGAGAUAAAAGAUUUGUUGGACAACUUCAAAGCUGGGAUGGGCGUCAGCCUUUUCGAGUCUGAACUCACGGGGACUACCAAACCAGUCAAAAGGUCCAAAGAAAAAGUUAAAGCCUACAAGGCAGUCAACGUCUGGCUUCCGCUUACCUUUCCUGAGGUUCCCGAAAAGGGUGAUUUCGACGUCGCACGGCUCAGGGAUAGUCAGUACUUUUUCUCGUGAGCUUGGGCGAGCUCGCGAGGGUUGACGGCGUUACGAUCAUAUUUUACCAUUGCUUUUAGGGAGCGAGUGCAUCACGGGGCGUUUGGCGAAGAAAAAGUGUGUUUAAUGGCGCACGACGGAUGAUAGGUACCUAGGAAUAUAAAGGCAUUGCAGUGUACAUACGAGACACUUGUACCAACCUGUAUAGUACGUGGGAGGGGGGUGGUCUAGGUUAGGAGGUAGGUAUUAUCCUAGACCACGGAACGAAUCAGGCGAGGAUGGGAGCCAAAAGAAGAGUUAUCGGCUCCAACGAUGUACAAAUCUAGUAGUAGCCAAUUCGGAGAUUCUUAGAAAUUGUAAAGAUGGAAUUGUCUAAGUACCUAUGUAUGUAAAUAUCAAGGAUACACCUAUAGCACAUACAUAAGGUACCUACCUAAGGUAAAUAGUUACACACACGAAUUGGUAGCCCUUGAAGUCAGCAGUCCUUCCUGCAUCCCCGCUCUCAGCGAAGUGUAGCUACGUAGGUAGGUAGGUAGUAUCCAGGAGGUCUCGAUUCUCUUCGAUGGCCCGGACCAAGAC